GGUUGGAGGUUGAGUGGAACGGAAAGAGAAGAGAACAAGAACAACAGAUCAGAAAAACCUGCUGGGAAGAAUGAAAAAGCAACUGGGCUUUGAGCUGAUGGUCCAACAUGUCCUUUGAUCAGACAAUUACGAAUACGACUCCUUACACUUGGUACUGGUCCACAAAAGAAGAUGAACGUGGUCAGAAACUGGAAGGAAACAGCAAAACUUCAGCGAAAUCCAUCUUCUUUUUGACAGUACCUUUUGCACCUUUGUUCUACGAUAGAGGGAUUUUCCUUCGAUAUGGAAAUCACUCAUCGUUUGACCUCAGGAGUUGGUCUUGGCUUGCAUCGUACACCAUAAGAGAGAGCCAGGACCGCAAAGAAUUUGAAAUGGUCAAUGAAACAUAUAAAAAUGUAGUUUACCGCUGUCCCAACUUCGGCCGAAUUGAGGAAGAGAAACAAGCAACAGAGCAGAAGAAACGCAAAAAAGAAGAAGAACGCAAAAGAGAAGAAGAGGAAAAGCGGCGGCAGGAAGAGCUUGAGAAGACCAGGAUCAUCCAGGAACAGGUGGACAGAGAGAAUAAGGCGUCCCUCAGGGACCUGUCCCGGGUUCAGGAGGCCCUCCGGCAGGAGCAGAGCCUCCGAGCAAGGCAGCAGCAGCAGAGUCAGGUCCUCCAGCACAUCCUGAAGGGUCCUGCAGCGCAUGUAGACAGGGACGAGCUUGGUGAUGUACAAGGACAAUUUGAAGAACUUCUAUCAAUGUAUGAAAUCACAGAGAAUGAAAACUCAACAAGCAAGCUGGAAGACCGGAUGAAGACUCUCCAAAAUGAGCUGACAUUGACAUACCUAGGAGAUCACAAAAACCCUGUUGGGUCACUGUGGACUUUGGAUCAAGCGACUGGAUAUGUGGAUCUGUCCCUGACUGAGAGGUUCAGUGUUCUGGAGGCAGUGGUGAAGCUCAAUGUGGAGCGUGACGCUGAUCUUCAGGAUCCCACAACUGGACAAGACAAGAAGAUUGAAUUCCUGUUCAAUUUGCAAGAUCAGCUUCAUCUUAGCAAGCCGACACUGGCCAGACGGGUUUUAGUUAGUGCCUUUGAAAUGACUUCACAGCUGGCUGGAGACUGUAGGGAGAUGUUGAGUCUAAUACUCUUCAACAACAUCUGGACGCCAACAGAAAUCAUGCAUUUCAUUGGAAGGAUCUCAAGCAUGCAUCAAGAAACAGUCAAGCAGAUCCUCCACGAGGUUUGCACCUAUAAGCCCGGCUGCAGCCUGGUCCUCGCUGCCCUGAACGAUAAAGAUCCUGUCGGCUACAUUCAGGACCAGGUGUCCUCUGAGGUGGACAAGGACAUCGUCACCAUCUUGGAUGAAAUGCGGGACAAUAACUAUCCAGAACAGGUUCUAUCACAGCUGCACAAUAUUCUGCAGUAUGUUUCAGAAGCGUUGUCCAGAUCUCCAGAUCUAACCAUCACUGCAGACCUGAUUAAUAGUGGAAAGAGACAGAUGAUGUCCCUUGAUUUGUCCCAGCCCAGCGCACACAGCUCUCUGAAGAAGAUCCUGCUUGUGUUGUCUUUAGCUGUUAAGGAAUGCACCACAUUCGUUACCACGAGUGGUGAAGAGGUCCGAGGUUACUUCCCCAGACUGACUCAGCUCGCGUCCUUACUUUUACUGCUGCUACCUCAAGUCCAAGACGAACGAGGAUGUCUCCUGGAAAUUGGAACUGGAGAAGGAAAGACCUGCAUUUUAGCCAUGUUUGCUACGAUCCAGGCAGUACGGGGUUUGGCGGUGGACAUUGUGACCAGCUCUCCUUUGCUCGCCAUUCGUGAUCAAGAAGUGUGGCGAAAGUUAUACUCCAUGUUUGGUGUGACAUCGUCCACCGUGCCUCCGCCACAUCAGAAAAGCAGCUCUUCUGUGAAUUGUGACAAGGCGCUUGAAGAUGCGUACAGGAAGCAAGUUGUUUACGGCACUGUUAGCACCUUCGCUGCAGACAUACUGAGGCAGGAGUUCGAGAAGAACCGCACCCGAGGCAACAGGAGGUUUGAGUGCGUGGUGGUCGAUGAGGUGGACUACAUGACCCUGGACAGUGGCGUUGAGGUGACCUACCUGUCUCGCCAGGCCAGUGGCCUGAGACAUGUGGAGCAAGUCCUGGCGAGCAUCUGGGCCAUGGUCUCGGCCUGCCGCCCGAUAGAGAUGUCCACGUCAGGGGAGAUCCACUGGACCACCAGGAUCCAGUCCUUCCACAAGGCAGCGAAACAGGCUGUGGUUGGUUCACAGUCCGAGGACCUUUCAGAGCAGGACGUACUGCUGCUGGGCACCAAGAUGGGCUUCUACUCACAAAAAGACAUUGAUGCUUUCAACGAGGCCAUGAGUCAAACACCGACGGAGCAUGAUGGCACCGACGAUGCCAAGUGGAACGCCACCGAGAACAUCCUGGUCAAGGUUGGUGUUGAAGAGCAGUACGAGCUUCUCCAUGAGAUUCUGUCAUCAACGGAUAACAGUAUAGCGGUCGACUGUUACUCACUCUUUAACAAUAAAGCCCAAAUGUACGGGAGGGAAAGCCCUGGCGGGGAACCUGAUGUCAGGAUGCUUCUGUUGCAGAAAGGACGCGCCUGUGAAAUCAUGUCCGAGAAAACUCUCAUUGACGCAACUGUUGAUACAUUAAAAUCUAAAAUCAAAUAUUCCAGUGAAUGCACCCUGGACUCACUGGAGAAGUUGGAGGGGUUCAUUGUGAUCCCAUCCUUCUUGAGAGAGUACAUUGAGAACCAGUUACCGCUUUUUGUUGAAAAUGCCCUGAAAGCCAUCAGGAUGACUCUGGGGAGGGAGUACAUGAUUGACAGGGCGCCUGAAGCCGACGCGGCCGCUUUCAGCAACGACGACCAUCAGCAAUACGACGCCAUCAUUCCAGUGGAUUUUCAGGCCAGUGGGGUGUUGGAGAAGAACAAGCGCUGGGGCGACGGUCUGCAGCAGUUUCUGGAGAUGAAGCACCAACUGGCCGUUUCACAACUCUCCAACAUCACCAACUACAUGUCAAACGUCUACUUCUUUAAAAGGUACCUGAGUGGAAAUGGCAUUUUUGGUGUCUCUGGGACGUUGGGGGGGGAAGCCGAGAAAGCUUUCCUGGAACGUCACUACAAAACAGCCAUCUAUGUCAUUCCGGCUCACCGUCACAAGAAGCUGGUGGAGCUGCCGGCGGUUCAGGCGACCCGAGGAACCGCUGAGUGGGUCCAGCUCGUCUGUAACGCCGCAGAAACCGCUGCAGACCGGGGCCAAGUCGUCCUCAUCAUUUGUGAGGAUGUCAAAACUGCAGAGGAACUAAAAACUAAAAUGUGUGCCCAAGAAAGACGGUCCAGGCAGAUCAUGAUGUACACAAUCAGCGAAAAGCACAACAUCGAGAAGCAGAACUUCGGCCGGGGGACCAUCAUUAUUGCUACAAACCUCGGAGGUCGGGGGACGGACAUACACGUCCAACAGGAAGUGAACGAGUGCGGAGGCCUCUUCGUGCUCCUCACGUACUUCCCUGGGAGUCAGCGUGUGGAGCGGCAGGCGUUUGGGCGCACCGGCCGGAAAGGAAACCCCGGCAUGGUCCAGAUGAUCCUCAACCAGGAGCAUCUUGCAGCGGCGUACCAAGGUCACUCCCUGGAAACCAUGAGGCACCUCAGGGAGGAGAACGAGGUCAAACACCUCGACGGCCUGGAGAGAAAUGAGCUGUUUGAGAUUGAAAUAAAAGAAAGUCUCUUCUCCUACUUCUGUGAGUUUCUCUGUGACUUUGACGACAAUUACACAGAAGAGGAGAAGACGGACAUCACACAAAAGCUAUUCAAAGACAUUCCAGAUUAUUUUAAGAGUUAUCGGUCAAAGUUUGACUAUCAGACUGCUCUCAAUGCUUUGAAGGAGUCGUGGGCUAUGUGGUUGAUCCUCCACGAACGGCACAUCGGCAGGCAUGAUGAUGUCGACGUGCUGAGAGAAGACCUUACCAAACACUUGACGGUCACUGCCCAGCACCUUCUUCGGGGGAGAAGCAACAACUUCUACGAUUUCAUCGAGUUGGCGAAGAGCCGGACCAUCAUGCACCGCUUCAAGUCGAAGAGUGACUACGGAGCCCUGUCAUACUGGCGGAGAGCUGCCGAGGCCGAUGCUCUCUACAGCGCCGUGGCUCUUUACAACCAAGCUUACAUCACCAUCAACCUGCGGAAGGACGACUCCAUGGAGAAGGCGAAGAGGCUGCUGGAAGAGUGCGGGACGGCGGUGGACGUGUACCUCUCAGAGUCAACAAACGCAAUGAUGUUCUACAACUUGUCCGUCACAAAAGACUUAAGUUCACAGUACAGAAGCACCAAUCUGCAAAGUCAGAUGACCGCCAGGAUGAAUCUCUUCAAAUCUUGGAAGGCACACAUUGAAAACUCCCUGAAGACCCUUGAGCACCUUGAAAAAAGUGGUGGCGAGGCCACGACGGAGGAUUCCAGUGUCUAUAGUCUGUCAGCAGACAAAGACUUUAUCACCACCAAGGAACUGAUGGCUCUCGAGGAGUUCGGCCUGUGCUUCAUAUUCGAUGUUAAAAAGAAGCCUGAGUUCUCCGUCGACGCCCUUCUCUGCUUCGGUCUGGGUCUCCUCCAGGUGGCGGCAGGUAUUCUCGUUUGUACCCUGACCGGCGGCUUCGCCAGUCAGUUUGGGUUAGGACUCAUAAAUGAGGGCGUGCAGGACAUGAUGCACGGCUUCAGGGGAAUGAUGAAGGGAGGGUUCGACUGGGCUCAGUGGGCCAUCUCCAAAGCCAUCAGCAUCGGGGUGUCGCUGGUCUUCGCUGGAUUCAACAGGAUCAGGCAAGUCGCUGGUUUUGCAAAAAGUGGGAUGAAAAGCCUGGUCACUGCAUCUAAGAGCGCCGCCAUCACCACGAUGAAACAGUGCUUUGGACAGGCGGGCAAGUACGCGGUUCAGGAGCUGGGGAAGCAAGGAUGCAUAACCGCCGUCAACUACGCCGUUGAAAAGGGACUCAAGACUCUCUUUCAUAACCUCCUGGAGGAGUCUUACAGGAAGAAGGUGUCUUCAAUGAUUCAUGAAAACAGCGACCUGGAUAAGGUUCUCACGGACACCAUCAGCUACGGAGUAUCGAGGACGGCCAUGGAUCAAGGGUUCCCCGACCUGAAUAUUGAGGAGCGUUAUGAGACAGAACUGCGCGAGUUGGUAUCUCAGAUAACAACAGAGGUUAUUCCUAAUAUAAUGAUGACGUGCACCAAGGUUCCUCAAGUCCACGGCGCCCUGGUUGAGUUAUGCGGAGCUGUAAGACAGCGCACCGAGAGCAAAGAGCUUCAGGUUGUGAUCAACACUUUAGAAACUAUCAGAUAUUUCAAAGAGCUUAUGUAUUCCAUCCCCACAAAGUUCAUGAUCAAUCACAGCUUCAUCCCUCAGUUGUUGGAAACCAUGAAGAAGCUGCCACGAGUCAAAGAUGACCAGGAUGAAAGACGCCAACUGUCGUGUGUGACGAGUCUCAAGGACGAGCUCCUGGACAAUAUAGCAGAAGGGGUUUCACUUGCGUUUGUGGAGACUUGUUCAGGACUCCUGGUCUCCCUCACGACCAAAGCCUGCACUAGAAAGAUCAUCCACGGGGCUGGAACGGCCGUCAGCAACCUUCUGGGCCGGGCCGACACCCAGGGCUUCUUCGAGAACCAGGUCUACAAACACCAGAUGAGAGAGAGCGUCCAACAUCAGCAUGUGUUACUGUCAGAGGCCGAUGACAGGAACCUGGACUCUUACAUCGAUGAAAUCUACGAUGAGAAGUACCCGGCGACGGCGUUGGACCUCCACGUCCUCACACAGACCGAUGCUCUCUGCGGCCGAGGCAUCAGGGUGGUCACGGUGGACAGAAAAGGGAACCCCCUUGCCGAGGACUACUAUCCAGGCAAGGACGGCUCCACCGGGGACAUCGUCCUCCGGCUGAGGAAAGAGCCGGAAGAGUCACAACAGAACAAGGGAUUCCUGACCCGCAUGAAGGACCGGCUCAGCGGCAAGCAGGCCGCGCACACAGGACACUUUGAGAUUCUGAACAGAGACGGGUCCGUGACCCCGGUGGAGUCGCAGGGCCAGAACUGCCUGUACCACGCCGUCGUGCAGGCAACCCACCCAAACUCUCCGGACCUGGAGCAGGCGGCUGCAGACCUUCGCCAAACCACCAAGACCUACCUUCAGCAGAAUAAACCCAGGUUUGCGCCGACUCUGCUGCUGCACCGAGGAUACAACGAAGCCUGCCAGUCCGGGCGGAAGUACGCCAUCGAGGGGGGGGGCAGGAAGACCCAGGCGGAGGCCAGAAGGAGGUUUAAGGACACACUGAACCAGACCGACAUCGGAGGAGGAGAAGAUGCUGAACAGAUCAAGAAACACAACCUGGGUCUGACGGGCCGACUCCACGACGUGAAAGCUCUCCGGAGGGAAACCAGACCUACGGGUGAGAGAUUGGAUAACAACGAGAACAGGAACAGUUCUCCUGUGGAGGCGGACCACAUCCCUCCCAGGAACAGCAUCCAGAAGGUUUACGAAACGCUGAAGUCUGAGGACAAACUCGACGAGUUCAAAGAGAAGAAUCGGGGACUCUCUCACAUCCUUCACGAGGGAGGAAACCGAGGUCUCUGCAUGGAGGUCCGUGCAGAAGACCACAAGCGAGCUCUGACCACUGGCGCUUCCCAUCAGGCCAGAGCAGUCAGGUCCAAGAUCACGGAUGUUUUUCUCAGUGGGGAUCCCGUUAAACUGAUAAAGAUGUCAGUGAUUGCUUCCCAUCCAGUGACGUCAGAAGAGCUCAGAAAAGAUGCAGAUAUUCAUACUCCAGAAAUCAGACGGACAAACGUAAAUCAACGAAAUCACAAGAUACGUCUGUCUAAAGACGGGACCACAUCGUACCACAACGCUGGAAGCAGAGGAUUGGUGGAGGGGUAUUUCCGUAUGAAAGUUAUUAACGAGAAUCAAAGAAAUAUCCUUGAUGCCUGGAUAAGAGAGGAUUUUCACCAUUCACAUCAUGAUGCACCGUACAAGAAUACAUCAGAAUAUAAAGAACUCCUGGAAACGCUGAGAAACAGUACCAAUAAAUGAGAGAGAAAGGAAAGCGAUUACUAGAGCAGCGGGUUGUUUCUGCAGAAUGAGCAGGUCUCUCUGACCAAACUUUCACUGCUAGUUCAUCCAGUAGACGCUUUUGUUCAGCAGCAGGUCGGUUCUUUACUAACAAGCAUCUGCCUACAGCUGUGCUUUCACCGUAACACAGGCAUCACGUUAACUCAGUGGCGAACCGUGAGCUACUACCGCUGGGCCUCAUACACAAUUGGAUAUCUCUUAAAAUUAUUAAUGUUCCUCCUUUUGAAUUAAGCCAUAUUAUUUUCUUCAUGGAUGAUUUCGAAUUUUCUGUUUCUGAUAUUAUUAAUAUAAUUUUGUUACUGGGUAAGUACCAUAUUCAUUGUGCCAAAUGGAGAAAAUAAACCCUCCAUCUGGGGUCUUAUUAACGAUUUAAAGAUUUUUUUCUAGGGCUGGGACUCAUUAAAAAAAUUCAUCGAAUUAAUUACAGGCUUUGUAAUUAAUUAAUCGCAAUUAAUUGCAAUUUGAUCGCAUAUCAAUUUUAGACCUGAGAACAAUGAGAUUUCCUUUUUUUGUUUGUUUCAAAUGGAUUCUUGUAUACGAGUCAAUGACUAGUGAAAACAUGUGUUCAAUUUAUGAAACAGUUUAUUUUUAUCAAGGUGGUGCUUCACCAAGAACAAAUCAGUGCAAUUUGCUAUAAAGGGCAGUAAAUUAAAUAUAUGCAGUAUGCACAUUGAAUGAGACAGGUAGCCUAUAGUCAAGGACCUUCUGUAAACACUUAAAUAUAACAAAAUACUUACAACUGUUUCAAGUUCAUUCCAGAACAUGGAAACACAUUAGAAAACAGAGCACGCUUCCAUCCAUCCGUUUUUUCAAUGAUUUCCCAAAUUUCCCAUCCACGGGACCAACGAGACACUUUUCGUCUGCGACUUCAUUCAUCUUUAAUGUGUGUGGAAACAACUUAGCUUGUGUUAUGACGAUGGCCGCACUUCACUGUAACACUAAUGCACGUUGGUUGCAGAACCCAUAGAUAUAUGUAUAUAUAUAUAUAUAUAUAUAUAUAUAUAUAUAUAUAUAUAUAUAUAUAUAUAUAUAUAUAUAUA